AUGGGCUACGGGAAAGGCAAGGGGAAAGUUAGAGAUGAGUUCUUGGACUACUGCAUCUCACGGGUCGACCCCGAAGAUCGAGGAAGCUUACGACAGAACCUGCUUCCUUUGUCCCGGCUCCUGGCCACCAGGCUCCGCUACAAGGACGGAUUUCUCCGGAAGAUGGGCAUCGAAAUGGACCAGGAAGGAUGGACGGAUCUCGGCCAGGUCCUGGCGUUGGAUGACUUCUCGCGAUGGACAUCCAUGGAUGUCAGGGAAGUGGUCCAGGAGGCCCCGAAGGCGCCCCUCUUCGCCGCCUGCGUGGCUGGCAUCCUCGCAGGCUACGUGGUUCUGCGCAGGUGGUGGUGGUCACGGAAGCUCCCCCCUGGUAGCAUGGGCUGGCCCCUGCUGGGGGAGACCUUGUCCUACGUGUCGGGUCAGGAAGAGUUCAUUGCGGCAAGGCUUCUCAAGUAUGGCGGCACGUUUAAGUCAAACGUCCUCUUCGUCCCAACUGUUUUCCUGGCGGUGACCGAAAGCAACGCCAAGCUCAUCCACUCCAAGCGUGACCUUGGUUGGCCAGCUCACUUCAAGAAGGUCAUGGGGGAGACCUCAGUUCCCAUGGUCAACGACCCGCUCCACAAGCGCCUGCGCAACACGAGCACGCGGGCCUUCACAAACCAGCAGCUGGAUUUGUACCUGCCGGUGUUGCACAAGUUGAGCGCCAAGUACCUGAAGGAGUGGGCAGCACAAGGCACGUCUGAGCCCAGAGACGUCUAUUUCCAGAUCAAGAAGUAUGCCUUCGAGUGUGGACAGGCCGUCAUUUUGGGCUCCGCCGUCACCGAAAGCGAGCUCGACCAUUUCAUGCACCUAUUCGACACGGCCAUCGCAGGGCUGGGUUGCGUGCUGCCAGUGGAUCUUCCUGGCUUCCCCUUUCACACCUGCAUGUCUGCCCGAAGGCAGCUUGGCCAGGAAUGCCAAAAGGUGAUCCAGCGGCGCCGCGAAGCAUUGCAGGCGUCGCCCCAGCCCACGUGCAUGCUUGAUGCAAUGCUGGGGUCGGAGGAAGGCACAAGCGACCACGAGCUCCAAGACUUCUGCGUGUCCAUGACGUUCGCAGGCCACGACACCACGCUGGCCUCGAUCCACACCACCCUCCGCUGGCUCAAGCAGUGCCCUGAGCUCGCGGCCGGGUUGAGGGCGGAGGUGGAUGAGAUUUGGGAUGGCUCUGCGCCCAUCACGAGGGGCCUCUUGGAGUCCAUACCCAAGACUCGUGCAUUUAUACAGGAGGUUUGGAGGAAGACGCCGCCGGUGUCGCCGAUUGUGCGGAACCUUGCGGAGGACCAGGAAGUCGAUGGCUUCGUGGUGCCAAAAGGCUGGAAUCUGAGCUACUAUCCAGCCCGGCAGUUCAGCAAAGCAGAUGACUGGGAUGAGUUCCGUCCAAGCCGGCACUUGGACGAAGAGGGCCAAUUCAUCGACAGCACCCAUGAAGCGACCCUCUUCGAAUCAUUCGGCGGGGGCUCUCGUAUGUGUAUUGGCUACAAGUUUGCCAGGGAUGAGAUGCUGACUUUCCUGAUGGUCUUUCUCAAGCACUACGACAUGUCACUGGCAUCUUCGACACACACGCCGUUCCCAUUCAACUUCUAUCGCCUGGAGGGCUCGUUUUGUGAGCGUGCCCGCACAGAAGGAGGGGCUUAG